AUGCUCCUCUCCUUCCAUUCUCUCCCUCACACACUUUCCUUUCCCCCCUCUCUCCCUCUUUCCCUCCCUCCUUCCCUCCCUCUCUCCCUCUUUCCCUCCCUCCUUCCCUACAUUGACUCAAUCUGCUCCUUAUUCUCUCAGCUCCUCUCCUUCCAUUCUCUCCCUCACACACCUUCCAUCCUCCCUCUCUCCCUCUUUCCCUCCCUCCUUCCCUCCCUCUCUCCCUCUUUCCCUCCCUCCUUCCCUCCCUCUCUCCCUCCUUUCAUCAGAACAGAGCAGGUGAGUGGUGCGGCAGAGCAGGUGAGUGGUGCGGCAGAGCAGGUGAGUGGUGCGGCAGAGCAGGUGAGUGGUGCGGCAGAGCAGGUGAGUGGUGCAGCAGAGCAGGUGAGUGGUGCGGCAGAGCAGGUGAGUGGUGCAGCAGAGCAGGUGAGUGGUGCGACAGAGCAGGUGAGUGGUGCAGCAGAGCAGGUGAGUGGUGCGGCAGAGCAGGUGAGUGGUGCGGCAGAGCAGGUGAGUGGUGCAGCAGAGCAGGUGAGUGGUGCGACAGAGCAGGUGAGUGGUGCGGCAGAGCAGGUGAGUGGUGCGGCAGAGCAGGUGAGUGGUGCGGCAGAGCAGGUGAGUGGUGCAGCAGAGCAGGUGAGUGGUGCGGCAGAGCAGGUGAGUGGUGCGGCAGAGCAGGUGAGUGGUGCAGCAGAGCAGGUGAGUGGUGCGGCAGAGCAGGUGAGUGGUGCGACAGAGCAGGUGAGUGGUGCAGCAGAGCAGGUGAGUGGUGCGGCAGAGCAGGUGAGUGGUGCGGCAGAGCAGGUGAGUGGUGCGGCAGAGCAGGUGAGUGGUGCGGCAGAGCAGGUGAGUGGUGCGGCAGAGCAGGUGGGUGGUGCGGCAGAGCAGGUGAGUGGUGCGGCAGAGCAGGUGAGUGGUGCGGCAGAGCAGGUGAGUGGUGCGGCAGAGCAGGUGAGUGGUGCGGCAGAGCAGGUGAGUGGUGCGGCAGAGCAGGUGAGUGGUGCGGCAGAGCAGGUGAGUGGUGCGGCAGAGCAGGUGAGUGGUGCAGCAGAGCAGGUGAGUGGUGCGGCAGAGCAGGUGAGUGGUGCGGCAGAGCAGGUGAGUGGUGCGGCAGAGCAGCUGAGUGGUGCGGCAGAGCAGGUGGGUGGUGCGGCAGAGCAGGUGAGUGGUGCGGCAGAGCAGGUGAGUGGUGCGGCAGAGCAGGUGAGUGGUGCAGCAGAGCAGCUGAGUGGUGCGGCAGAGCAGGUGAGUGGUGCGGCAGAGCAGGUGAGUGGUGCGGCAGAGCAGGUGAGUGGUGCAGCAGAGCAGGUGAGUGGUGCAGCAGAGCAGGUGAGUGGUGCGGCAGAGCAGGUGAGUGGUGCGGCAGAGCAGGUGAGUGGUGCGGCAGAGAAGGUGAGUGGUGCGGCAGAGCAGGUGAGUGGUGCGGCAGAGCAGGUGAGUGGUGCGGCAGAGCAGGUGAGUAGUGCGGCAGAGCAGGUGAGUGGUGCGGCAGAGCAGGUGAGUGGUGCGGCAGAGCAGGUGAGUGGUGCAGCAGAGCAGGUGACUGGUGCGGCAGAGCAGGUGAGUGGUGCAGCAGAGCAGGUGACUGGUGCGGCAGAGCAGGUGAGUGGUGCAGCAGAGCAGGUGAGUGGUGCAGCAGAGCAGGUGAGUGGUGCAGCAGAGCAGGUGAGUGGUGCAGCAGAGCAGGUGAGUGGUGCGGCAGAGCAGGUGAGUGGUGCAGCAGAGCAGGUGAGUGGUGCAGCAGAGCAGGUGAGUGGUGCAGCAGAGCAGGUGAGUGGUGCAUCAGAGCAGGUGAGUGGUGCAGCAGAGCAGGUGAGUGGUGCAGCAGAGCAGGUGAGUGGUGCAGCAGAGCAGGUGAGUGGUGCAGCAGAGCAGGUGAGUGGUGCGGCAGAGCAGGUGAGUGGUGCAGCAGAGCAGGUGAGUGGUGCAGCAGAGCAGGUGAGUGGUGCAGCAGAGCAGGUGAGUGGUGCAGCAGAGCAGGUGAGUAGUGCGGCAGAGCAGGUGAGUGGUGCAGCAGAGCAGGUGAGUGGUGCGGCAGAGCAGGUGAGUGGUGCAGCAGAGCAGGUGAGUGGUGCGGCAGAGCAGGUGAGUGGUGCGGCAGAGCAGGUGAGUGGUGCAGCAGAGCAGGUGAGUGGUGCGGCAGAGCAGGUGAGUGGUGCAGCAGAGCAGGUGAGUGGUGCAGCAGAGCAGGUGAGUGGUGCGGCAGAGCAGGUGAGUGGUGCAGCAGAGCAGGUGAGUGGUGCGGCAGAGCAGGUGAGUGGUGCGGCAGAGCAGGUGAGUGGUGCGGCAGAGCAGGUGAGUGGUGCGGCAGAGCAGGUGAGUGGUGCGGCAGAGCAGAUGAGUGGUGCGGCAGAGCAGGUGAGUGGUGCGGCAGAGCAGGUGAGUGGUGCGGCAGAGCAGGUGAGUGGUGGGCAGAGCAGGUGA